AUGUCCGAUUCGACGUCCGACUCAGAGGCGCGGACCAAUCCAGAAGGAUACGAAGAGGGUUUCUGUCCGAUAAACCUUCACGGCCUUGAAAAAGAUUUAGGGGGCCCGAUAUUGAACCUGCAAGACCCACACGGAGAGAUGCCUGAUUUAGGAUUAGCGCCGGUAACGCCCGUUUGGGUAAAAAACCUGCAAGCAACGCACAAGGAGGAUCAGAGACCAUUAGCGCCGAUCAACCAGCAAGCUCAGUACGAAGCUGGUCAAGCCAGCUCUGUACCAUCAAACAAUCCGACGUCUUCCGAUUUCGAAGCGCCAGUGAGCGGUAAGGAGCGGAUCGAGAUCCUCGUAACGGGGACGUCAGGAGUGGGAAAGUCUACGCUCGUCAGCGCCCUCAUAGGGAAACGUGUAGUGAAGACUGAGAACCAAUCACUACCUGUCAAGUCGAACCAAACUGGCUACACCGUGAACAUAAAGGAGGUGACGGGGGAAGAGGGCGAUGGAAAGGUUGAGGCUGUGGUGUGGGAUUCACCUGGCCUCCAGGGCAGCUCAGGGAAGGAAUACCAGUAUCUCACUCAAAAGUACGGCGAUAUCGAUAUUAUCCUCUACUGCAUGGACAUCACAGUUACCCGCUCCAGUGGAUUGACUGCUGCGGACAUAGAACAAAACGAUCUCUCCGCAAUGAAGAAACUAACUACUACUUUCGGCUCUGACUGGUGGAGGCGUUCCAUUUUCGUUAUGACGCGUGCAAACGCGUUGGAAACAGCGCUCAAAGUGAAACCGGAUCCCGAGAAGAGGUUCAAUGAGAAGGUAAAGGAAUGGAGAGAGAAAAUUGUUGACACAUUGGUUGCAACUGGCGUGCCAAAGGAAAUAGCUUGUGAAAUACCAGUGGAGCCAGCCGGACAUCGAAAGAAGCCACACCUACCAGGCCGAGAGAACUGGCUCCUAGCACUCUGGGGUACCAUUGUACAAACUGCACGUAAUCUACCGCACGAAGACCAAGAUUUCGUUCCGCAAGACUCACCCAAACAGGGUGAGGAGACGUGUGACCCAGUAGCACCUACCACCCUGCAAGACUGCGAAUCAACAUUCGAAGAGGGUCAGGGAAUGACGCCCGGCUCUAAACAGCGACAGCCGAUUCCACAUCCAAUUCAGCAUCUCCGCAAGUGUCUAGAGUUGAGUCUAGUGCGACGACUGAGGCAGCUGGGGGUGGGACCACCGUUGAAUCAGGUCCUGCAGGUCAAGAGGGUGGAGCUGAUUCCUGGAGGGCAGUGUAUUUCCCUGAUUUCGUUGUUCAUCUGA